AUGUUUCGUCCUCGUAUCCUGUGCCUGCAUGGUAAGCGCCAGAAUGCGGCCAUAUUUGAGCAACGGCUUGGCACUGAGUUUCCGAAGAAGGCUGAUCUCUUCUUUUUAGAAGCGGACUUCGAUUUUUACAACUAUAAAAAAGAUGAAGAAUUUGUAGUAGGACUAGGAGCCGCGGAAGAUCAUCGUAGGACUAGGAGCCAAGAGGAUGAAGAUUUGGAUCAGGGACAGGGAGAUGAUGACGACUUGCGGACAAAAACUUGGGUCAACCUAAAAGUAGAACAAGAAGAGGAAGAGAAUUUGUAUCAUGCUUUAACCACAACAAGCUCUGCAAGAUCCACGUCUACGUCAAAGAAGGCCAUGUAUACUGCUAGUGAUUUUCUUCCUGCACUGAGAAAAGUACGGAGAGCUUAUGCAACGCAUGGGCCUUUUGACAUUGUUCUGGGCUUUUCGCAAGGAGCAGUCUUAGCGUCCGUAGCUGCUGAGUUUGCGGAUGUGUUUCUUUCAGUUAUGUAGAUGCCCUUGAAGAUGGUGGAAGAUGACGUUUUAUUUGAUUAUAGGCUUAGAGGACAAGGGUAUAAAUAAAAGCUCGGACUUUUGUUACGGUCUACAGAAGAGCACGGCUUUGUAUCUGAGAAGGUCGAUUCAUCUUAUAGUUCUACUACCACUGCAGCUCAUCUCUUACAAUAAAAUUAAGAAAUAAGUACAAGAAGAACUUCUGUUCAGUGUCUUCUGGUGCUUCUCUAAUACCACAACGCCGUCCUUGCAGCCCUUCGCCUUCUUGCUAUGCGCUGGCUUUGUGCUCGAUAACGAGAGUCUAGACACGCAUUUCUUGCAGUACGUAGAAGCGGAGCGGAAGAGGAACUGUCAUGAUCCUUCUGGAGGUGAUCCUACUAGAAGGAGUGAAGUUCUUGUAGAGCAGACAACGAGGUGGAUUUACCACAUCGUAUUAAGACUUCCGGAACGAAUGUGUCCCAUCUACUUCAGAACAAGCAUCUUGGACCUCCUGUGUAAAAUUACAGGAACAAAGGGGAGGUCCACCAAGAAGAUGCUUUUCAACAAAAUGGGAGAUGAUUUUUCCCGGAAGCUGCAGGUCUAAUAGUCGGAGACCGUGAUAGACUCGUUAUGCCAGCACUGUCGAAAAAACCCUUUGAGGGUAAGAUUGACCGCGUAUUUUGGAAAAGAAAGGCUCCUGAACCUGAUGAACAUGUUGCUUCUGACAUGGAGGCUCAUCAGGCGUUGUUCACUCAUCCUGGCACCCACAUCGUUCCGACAAGGGAUAUUCUGGGAAAAUGGUGGUCUCAGAUUUGUCAUCCGUUGCCUGGACAGAUCCAGCAGACCUCCUCCACUUGGAAGUCCAGUCGUGACCACUCGUCCUGUGCUUUGACCGUAGCCAUUCAAGAAGAAUAUGAGCUCUUGGCCGCAACGUUCUGUCCUGACAACGACGACGAGGCGAACAAGAGGACUGCUGGGCAUCGCGUGCUGUCCAGAAGCACAACUACCCGCUGUGCUCUGAGAGUGCCAGUGUGUGACGACUUUAUGCUGGAAUUACAUUAAGAGUCUAGGUUAAUAAAGGUGCUUUUCUUACCGCUUUUUAUGCCUCUCUCAACCCUAAGGGAGACGAGAAAGGCAUAAAAACAAGCGGGGAGGUAAGCGAGCACCAAAAACCUAUACCUCUAAUUACACUAUCCUCCGGGAUUUGCUGGAGAUGAUAACUAUAGUGACCAUCCUCGUCCGACUCCUCGGAUCAAGAUGGUUACAACGAACAAUUUUAUCUUCCAAGUCCGUGAAGGAGAGCUAGAAGCUUAUCUUGCGGACAGGGUCUAUCCAGACUUGCAUUAAGGGUAGGUUAAAGGUGCUUUUCUUACCGCUUUUUAUGCCUCUCCUAAGGGAGAAAGGCAUAAAAAGCGGGGUAAGCAAGCACCAAAAACCUACCUCUAAUUGCAAGGCGACAUUGGAGACGGAUUAGCGCUUGCCUUCGGAGCAGCGGACUGGCAUCGGAUGGUAGUGGAAGAAUUGAAUGCUGGAAAAACAAACAACAAGGGUUGUACUAGAAGUGCCUGUGCAAGUCGUGGUGCAGAGAAGAACGAAGAUCAAGAGCAAGAUCAUUCAGGGCACAAGAACGGCGUCGACGCUGUGAAGAGUGCUGGUCAUAAAGGCACAAUGAAUAAUUGGUGGGAUGAAGAUGAUGACAACAAAGAUCGGGAUGACUCUAGUAAAAACAGCAAAGCCACUACGGACCAUAGUACCGCGAACGAAGUCAAACACAAAGUCGACUUAGCUCUGCUGCAGGAAACAAAUUUUACACACCUCUACAAUAUUAACAAUAAGGAUAGUAGCACUGCAGGAGGCGGGGAGCACAACACGACUAGCCAAGGAGCGCCAGGCACAACGUUGUCUGAAUGCGGAAAUGGGCGUAAAUCACGCCUCUUUGCCUUCGUCCUUGGCCUCGUCGGCAAACCAAGCGCCGGAAAAAGCACGCUUUUCAACGCGAUUAUUAUGGUGAGUCACCAGUCUUUUUAUUAAAUUUAAUUUGAAGAUAGGCCGUCCUCCACCUAACAAGACGAGUAAAAAAAGCAUGAUGAUGAUUGUCAUUGUCUUGAACAACACCAAGACCAAGUAAUUUGAAGAUAGGCCGUCCUCCACCUAACAAGACGAGUAAAAAAAGCAUGAUGAUGAUUGUCUUGAACAACACUUGUCAUUGUCUUGAACAACACCAAGACCAAGUAAUUUAGACCAUAAGACAGAACAACCCAGAAAAAUCACUGUCUUGAACAACGAACACCAGAACUUCCUUCUUUGGAUCCUUUUUCUUCAUUCUAAUACUUCCGGUUCAGCCAAAGCAGCCGUGGGUGCUCAUCCAUUCACCACUAUAGAACCCAACAUCAGUGAGGCGUGGUUAAACUUCAAGGGCGAACAACAGCAGCGCAGGUGUCCUCCAACGGCACUAGGUCGUAUCCCCUUCCUCGUAAAAUUAAGGGUAGGUAGUUUUUAAUGGUGCUUUUCUUGUAGUUACCGGCGUUUGUUAUGGCUCUAUCCCUGCUUAGGUGGGGACAGCUGCCAUAACAAGUACAAGCGGGAUAAAAGAACCACAAAAAGCUACCUCUAAUAAAAGAUGUUGCCGGUUUAGUCCCGGGUGCUUAUCAGGGUAGGGGCAAAGGUAACGCCUUUCUUAAUGACCUAGUUCGUGCUGACGUGUUGGCGCACGUGGUGGAUAUAUCUGGGUCCUUAGAUGAGUGCGGUGUAGUGAAAGCAGUCGAACCUUCAAGCACCACAGAAGAUAUAAGCGGCUCCUCGUCCUCUACUAAAGGCAGCACGGCAAAAACUUCCACUACUAAAUCAAGAAGUGCUACAUCAACAAUUGGCACUACUCCUGCACUAAGCAGCACAACCAGCCCAUCCACAACCAGUAAGAAUUUAGAACAGAUCUUAAAGGAUGUGCGAUUUAUUCGUGAGGAAAUUUGCUGCUGGAUUCUCGAGAAUGUUAGAGCAAAGUGGUCCAGCGUUCGCAAGCAUGCUAUCCACGAGACCCCAGCUCAAAAAAAGCAAGCCCUAGAGCGUUUUUGCACUUUGUUCACGGGAUAUCACUGCACACCCGCUUUCGUCGAAAGACUGCUAGCAGCCAUGCCAAGGUUAGGUGGCUUUGGAAGUUCUGUCUCAGAAGGAGCGGACUCUGCUGAACAAGCUGCUUCUAGAAAUCUGUUCCUAGACCAAGUAAUAGAUUUCCACAAAUGGCAAAAACGUGAUUUUUACGCAUUCGUCAAUGCUUUCGUCUAUUUCCGCUUCCCGAUGCUGUUGGUCUGUAAUAAGAUUGACAAGAUUUUUGAAGAGCACUUACCGUCAACACUGAUUAGGGCUAGAAGAAAUCCAUCUUAGCCAGCAUCUUCGGUCCGCUUUUUGAGGGGAAACGGUCAAAAAAAUGCGCUACAGGAUGGGUUUCUUCUAGCUCUAAACUGAAGCACCUCCACGACGUCUAUCCUGAGUAUCCGAUCGCCCCGGUGUCUGCCAAGCUAGGUCAGGGCAUCGAAUCGGCUGUCAGUGCUGCUGUGGCACUUCCGCGGCCUGUAGUGCUGGAUCUAGUUGAGGGGGUGAGAGGAUGGCAAGAAGUGGAGCUCGCUAGUAAUGCUGGCGAUGAUGUUGAGAAGAAAGCCCCUCCAGGAGGAUCUUCAUCCAGUCCCCGAAACAGCAAUGCGGCUCCUCCUGCCCUGUCUUCAUCCUCCCAGCAACAGGAGUUCCCACCUCCUCCUCGUCGACUCUAUUUACUCCCUCACAAUUCCACAGUUUUUGAGGCCUACGAAGCGCUUAAGAAAGAGCAGGUGCUACAAGGUGACUUCGUUCGCAGUGAGCAGGGUGCGGGGCUAUUGGCUAAGAAAGAGCAGAUUAUAGGGGGUAAGAGUAUCCCUUUUGCUUUUGUUUCCUCCUCAGCAAAUCUCGGAUUAGCUCGCUUGCGCAUACAAACAAAGAAAAAAGCCACACAUUGAUGACAUGCAAACGAAGAAAAAAG